ACGAUUAUUUGGUCUCCGCGUGUCUCAUUCUGCCCUCCUUCAUCCCACUUACUCUUCCUGCCACCGAUCUGUCAGGUUAUGCCCACGCACGGCAUCCUUGGAUCGGAGGCUGAUCGUCGACACUGCUUCCACGCACUUGUUUACCCUCGCCCCUCCGAUUCCCACCAUCUGCUCCACGUUGCUACGUGUGAGAUUGGGGCCGAAGCAUCUCGCCCAUCAUGGCGGACCCCACCGACCUGAACCUGGACGCGCCGAGCGACCUUCAGGACAUUCCGGAACUUGCCAUGCAAUUGAUUCCCCCGCCGGAAGGAACAUACCCUGACAAGAAUACGCUCCUCGCGGCCGUUCAAGCACACGGCAAAGCACAUGGCUACAAUGUUGUUGUCAAAUCAUCAAGCACGCCUACCGAGAAGAAGCCGGGCCGGACUGCCAAGGUGUGGCUGCGCUGCGAUCGCGGUGGACAUUAUCGACCGCGCAAUGGACUCACGGAGGAGACGCGCAAGCGCAGAAGAACGUCGCGUCUGAUGGACUGUCCGUUCAUGCUUGUCGCAGCAGGUUCCCCAGGCAUCUGGACUUUGACCGUGCUGAACCCGACUCAUAAUCAUGGUCCCAUUAUCGAGAAGCCCCGACAGGUGCCUCACCACAAGGUCCGGAAAGGUCAACUGCCGGCAAUACCAUACGACUGGCCCCAUGAUGCGACCUUUACUCCGUACACGACUGCACUUGUGAUCAUUGACAUGCAGAAAGAUUUCUGCUCCCCUGGCGGAUACCUUGAGUACCAAGGCUACGACAUUUCUGCUGCGCAAGCUCUGAUUCCCAAGCUACAGCGGCUUCUCCAUUCCUUCAGGUCUGCAGGUUUCCCCGUGUACCACACUCGAGAAGGUCACCGACCCGAUCUGUCCACCCUCUCAAGCCGAGAGUCAUUUCGCUCUCGCAACAAUGCUACCGGCCUAGGCAUUGGCUCUCAAGGCCCUAUGGGCCGCCUGCUUAUCCGCGGCGAAAUGGGUCAUGACACAGUAGACGAGCUGUAUCCUCUCGUAGGGGAGCCCGUCAUCGACAAGCCAGGCCGCGGUGCAUUUGCACACACUGACUUUGAACUCAUUCUGCACAACAAGGGCAUCAAAAAUCUUGUCAUUGCCGGUGUCACCACCGACGUCUGCGUCUCAACUACAAUGCGUGAGGCCAACGACCGCGGAUUCGACUGUGUUCUGUUGGACGACGCCAGCGCAGCCAGUGAAGCAUCCCUUCACGUCAGCACCGUCGAGUCUGUGAAGAUGGAGGGUGGCAUCUUUGGCUCUGUGGCCAAGCUUGAAGACGUAAUUCAAGCUGUUGACAGCUUCAAAUCCGUCACUAUGAAGAAGCUGGCUCCUCAACUGACGGGCUGA